AAAGAGCGCGCCGGCGCUUCGGUGUGUUGAGCAGUGCCAACUGCAGGCAGCUGCAUUCCGCGUCGUCGAUCUGCAGCUGGGCCGGUCGGUCUCGCGCGACUCGCACUAUCCAUCUAUCCUGUUUCCGGAUCAGCGUUGUUAACGUUGGCCAGGGUCUGCCGAGUCGCUCGUUUGCCGUAUCCCUCUUCCGCCCGUAAACGCUCCCGUCUCCUGCGGAUCCGCGUUCCCAUCUUGCUGGCUGCGACAUCCUUUCACCAUGGCCAAAUACCGACUCGUCUACUUCCGGGGACGUGCUCGAGCGGAGCUGACCAGGCUGAUCUUCCAUGCGGCAGGCGAGGAAUUCGAGGAUGUCCAGCUGGACGACCAGUCGUGGCAACAAAUCAAAACAACCAGUCCAACUGGAUCACUGCCAAUGCUGAUCAAUAACGAAACCAACGAGCAGCUGGUGCAAAGCAUGUCCAUUGCGCGCUACAUUGCACGGGAAUUAGGGCUGGCGGGAAGUGACGCGUACGAAAUGGCGCUGGUGGACUCCGUGGCAGACACGAUGAAUGACCUUUUGGGGGACAUUGUGGAAGUGACCUUUGAGGAUGAUGCCCGGCGCAAGAAAGAGCGCAUUCGUCGCUUCCACGAACGCGCCCUGCCGGAAACCAUGGAAUUCCUCGAUCGCUUCGUCGGUCGCUACGGGAAGGGCUCCGGAUACGCGGUCGGUCAGAAUCUGACGUACGCCGAUCUGUGCAUCUAUAACACCGCGGAUCAAAUGGUGCUGGCCGGCGUGGGCGGCUGGAAAGAUCUGGAGCGCUAUCCCAACAUCCACACCAUCGUGCGCCGCAUCGAGGAGACGCCGCGCUUCGCCGGCUACCUGAAGAGCCGCCCGCCGGCCGCCUUCUAAACAAGAGCCGGACGGGUCACAAUUAAUUAGCUGCGACACCGGGAUCGCAAAGAUGCCGCAUCCGCAAUCACGAAACAGCCACACACCACAGCGUUCCACUGACGAGCCGGACGCGUCAAGGUCACCGAGUCGUUUAGUGUCACUGCGCUUCCUCUUCUGUCCACAUUCGUCUUUUAAGCAUUACUGUCUGUGUCCCGUGUCCGCUCCAGCAGCUGCAGGCGACGCCGUGUUCUCGUUAUUGUUAUUCUCAGCACAGUUUAUCUACAGUGUUUAUCGUUAUUUGGACGUGCAUUUAACUUCACGCGACAAUGCAUUUAAGUAGUGUAGCGUUCUGACUGUUUGACGGCAAUCCAUUUCCCUGGCUAGCUUGUUCCAUUCUUGCUCAUGAAGCGAUGAAGCUUGACGUACCUACAUGUUAGCGUUAUGUUAUACAUAAGUACCAUCAAUAAAGAUCCUUUACCUACCUCGUGUGC